GGCAUCAUAUGCAGGUCAGAGUCAAACGCAGACUGGCAGAGCAAGGAGAAAGACACUGAUGACAGCUCCUUAGAAAUACGGGAUUGACUACAUAAUUACAACAUCAAAGACAGCCAAUAAAUGCAAGUAGACACAAGCAGAAAGUAAAAUACUUAGCGUUUUUUCAUCAACAAAGGUCUGCGAUGGCGUUUCUGCGGGAGUUUGCACUUAUUCUAGCAUUAGUAGCAGUUUUCAGUACAUCAUGCAAGGCUGCAGCAUUAGAAGUAGAUAGUUUUGAAGUAGACAAUGACUUUUCUUUAAAGUCAUCUGCCGCUGAGGAUACUAGUGCCUCAACCAAUGACUCUGGACAUGGCUCUUCGACAAUCACUACAUUACCUAUUGUCACCUGGAAAUGGCAUCAUGUGGAAACUCCAUACCUGGUGGCGCUCUGGAUAUUGACUUGCUGGCUCUGUAAAUUAGUGGUUGAACUGAACCACAGUGUCACCGCUGUGUUCCCAGAGAGUGGUCUGCUCAUCAUCCUGGGCUUUAUUUUGGGAGGAAUCGUCUGGGGAGCGGACAAGGCGCAGACUUUCAGACUGAUCCCCACCAACUUCUUCUACUACUUGCUUCCCCAGAUCGUCUUGGAUGCAAGUUACUGCAUGCCAAACAAACUAUUCUUCAGCAACCUGGGUGCCAUUCUCGUCCAUGCCGUUAUUGGAACGUGCUGGAAUGCGGGCACAGUGGGCAUUGCGCUAUGGGCCUGCUAUGAAGGGGGUGCAAUGGGGACCUUGAACAUCGGCCCUCUGCAGUUCCUGUUGUUUGGUGCUCUGAUGUCUGCCGUGGACCCUGUGGCAGUGAUUGCCGUGUUUGAGGAAGUGCAUGUGAAUGAAGUGCUUUACAUCCUGGUAUUUGGAGAGUCUCUGCUCAAUGAUGGCGUCACAGUGGUGCUUUAUAAUGUGUUUGAUGCAUUUGUGUCUCUGGGAGGCCCGAAGAUUAACGCAGCAGAGAUUAUCAAAGGAAUAGUUUCAUUCUUUGUUGUGGCAUUUGGAGGCUCGUUUCUUGGUGUUGUGUUUGCCGUUCUGAUAUCCAUGCUGACCAGGAUCACCAAGAACGUCCAGGUCAUCGAAGCCGGCUUUAUCAUUGUGCUUGGCUACUUGUCUUACCUGACGGCUGAGAUGCUCUCACUCUCUGCUAUACUUUCGAUCACGUUCUGCGGUGUCUGCUGUCAGAAGUACAUCAACGCAAACAUGGAUGAAAAAUCUGUUACAACGUUACGUUACACCCUAAAGGUGAUGGCCAACGGCUCGGAGACCAUGAUCUUCGUCUUCCUGGGAGUUUCAGCCAUUGAUAAAAACAUCUGGGUUUGGAACACUGGCUUUAUCCUCCUCACACUUCUCUUUGUUGUUGUAUUCAGGUUCAUAGGUGUUUUUUUCCUCAACUGGGUCUUGAAUCAGUCUCGUCUGAUUCCUAUUGACUAUGUGGACCAGUUUGUAAUGGGCUACGGUGGCCUGCGAGGAGCAGUGGCAUAUGGACUCGCAGCCAUUUUAGAUGAGAAAAAGAUCCCGGAGAAGAAUCUGAUGCUUGGUACCACGCUCAUUGUGGUGUAUUUCACUGUCAUUCUUCAGGGGAUCACCAUGAAACCACUGGUUCAAUGGCUGAAGGUUAAAAAAGCGACUCAGUCGGAUCUGACACUCAAUGGAAAAAUGAACAACAGGGCUUUUGAACACAUACUGACAGCAAUGGAGGACAUCUGUGGCCGAAUGGGAGAUAACUGGUGGACCAGACAUUGGAACUACUUUGAAGACAAGUAUGUGUGCUGGCUAUUAAUGAAGAGCGAUGCCAGAAAGAACAAAGACCCAAUCUUUGGUGCCUUUCACAAACUCAAUCUGGAGGAUGCCAAAACAUAUGUUACUGAGGGCGAACGCAAAGGUUCUCUGGCUUUCAUUCGUAAUUAUGACAAUGCCUCUGUAGACUUCAAGAAGAAGCUUGCUUUAGAGUACGCAGACAUCAUGCCUGAUAUCAUGGCUGACAUGUCAGAAUACGAUUUUGGCAUUGACAAUGUUCCAGUGACCUCUGUCAUGAAGAACCCGAUUCCCUCUGUAUCCCUGGAUAUACAUGAGCAAGACAGGAAGGGCAUGCCUGAUCACCUCACCGCCCAUCAUUUACUAGAUCAGCACCUGUACAAGAGCAGAAGUAAUAACCGUCCCACUUACAGCCGCAGUCACUAUAACACCACAGAGAAUCCAGACGAAAUGCAGGAGAUCUUCCAGAGAACCAUGAGAAACCGCCUUGAGUCCUUUAAAUCGGCUAAGAUGGGUGUCAACCCUGCCAAAAAACUCUCCAAACAUCCCAAGAAGGAUUCACCACAUAAGCCUAAUGGAAAGCCAGGGGACCCACACAGAACCCAUCCAUAUGGAGAUGAAGAUUUUGAGUUUUCUGCAGACAGCGCCUCUAGCAGUGAGAUUGCUGGUCAUUUCCCCAGAAGCACAAACACACCUGGAUCUGGUGUAGAUAACCCAGCAUUCGUACCCGAGAUGGACACCUCUCCACCCAUGCGAAACCCACCCUGGCAAACAGAGACAGGGAACAACACGGCUGUGGCACCUUCUCAGAGAGCUCAGGAUCGACUGCCCUGGACGCCCACCAACCAGAGUCAUCUAGCACCCCUGAGAAUGAGCACCCACUCCACAGACACUGUCGUGAUGGCUGAUGAGGAGGCGCCUGAGGAAAAGCCCGGAACACGUCAUACGAGAUUGUAAUCUGAUGUAUUUCCAUCCGCCGACAUUAACCUGCCAAACUUGCGAUUAGGUUAAUCCUUUAAAACUGAGACUGUGUUUCAUCUUAGGCAGUUAUUAUGUCAUGAGCCCAGAGAUUAAAGAACCAUAGUGUUGAAUUGUAGAAUUCAUCACGUCUUUAAAAACUAAUAUGCACACGCAGAAGUAACUUGAAGUCAUUUUCUUCUCUGAAAUGUUUUACCUACUUAUGUCUAAAAAAAACAAAGGGAAUAGAAAAAAAUACAGAUUUAGAAGAGACAUUUUCAUUGAAGUACUUACGUUUGUGGUUAUAGCGUGCUCUUGAGGGUUUCUUUAUACAAAUCCACAUUGUUGUGGAAGCUGUUAUGGCACUUUAUCAUGUUGACAGCAUGCUAGAAAAUAGAACAUGUGGAGCUCAAAAGACAAAAUCAGUCUUUACAAACUGAGUGCCAGAUCAGAACUAAGCAUUGUCUAUUGGUUCUAUAUUCAGUUACAUCGUCAUAUUUUUCGACAUUGGGCAAGAUGUCUAUGUGUAUUUUUAAACUCAGCAUGUUGUAUAUGAUUAUUUAUUAUUGUAUGGUCAUUCUGUGGGUGCUUCUUUGUAUUAUCACAAUAUCUGUAUCUGCAUUUCUGUAAUCUUUCAAUGAUUUAUUUUUGAGUUUUACUCAAAGCUAUUAAUGUUUUAUUAGUUGAAUGAAAACCAUUAAAAUGUAAGUCUUUAAAAAUAA